CCCCUCGGCCCCCGGCCUUCCUCCCCGCGCUCACCCCCUCCCCACCCCGGUGCGCCCCGCUCCUUUCCAGCCUCUGGGUUUCCUCCGCACCGCCUGCAAGCGGCCCCCGGGGUUCCCCUUCCCUUCGGCCAGCUGCGCUCCUUGUUCGUCCCACAGGUUCCUAACGAAAGCGAGCUGGAGUCUGUGCCUGGCCGCCUCGCGGGAGGGGGGGCACAGCUAGAAGAAGCCAGAGGAAUCUGCAGGCAGAGCCCGGGAGCUGAGCGGCACAGACAUGCCAGUGCUGUCGGAGGACUCUGGUUUGCAUGAGACCCUGGCACUGUUGACUUCUCAGCUCAGACCUGACUCCAAUCACAAGGAAGAGAUGGGCUUCUUGAGGGAUGUUUUCAGUGAAAAAAGCCUCAGUUACUUAAUGAAGAUUCACGAGAAGCUUCGCUAUUACGAGAGGCAAAGUCCAACCCCUGUUCUGCACAGCGCUGUGGCCCUUGCUGAGGAUGUGAUGGAGGAGCUGCAGGCCGCCUCCGUGCACAGCGACGAGAGGGAGCUGCUCCAGCUGCUGUCCACCCCCCACCUCAGGGCCAUGCUCAUGGUACAUGACACCGUUGCCCAAAAGAAUUUUGACCCCGUUCUUCCCCCUCUGCCUGAUAAUAUUGAUGAGGAUUUUGAUGAAGAAUCAGUGAAGAUUGUCCGCCUGGUGAAGAACAAGGAGCCCCUGGGCGCCACCAUCCGGCGGGAUGAGCACUCUGGGGCUGUCGUGGUGGCCAGAAUCAUGCGAGGGGGCGCGGCAGACCGCAGCGGUCUGGUCCACGUUGGAGAUGAGCUCCGAGAAGUGAAUGGGAUCACAGUCCUGCAUAAGCGCCCUGAUGAGAUCAGCCAGAUUCUGGCUCAGUCCCAGGGAUCCAUUACCCUGAAAAUCAUUCCAGCCACCCAGGAGGAGGACCGUUUAAAGGACAGCAAGGUGUUCAUGCGGGCGCUCUUCCACUAUGACCCCCGGGAGGACCGAGCCAUCCCCUGCCAGGAGGCGGGCCUGCCCUUCCAGCGGAGGCAGGUCCUGGAGGUGGUCAGCCAGGACGAUCCCACGUGGUGGCAGGCCAAGCGAGUAGGGGACACCAACCUUCGAGCUGGCCUCAUCCCCUCCAAGCAGUUCCAGGAAAGGCGACUAAGCUACCGGAGAGCCACCGGCACCCUGCCAAGCCCACAGAGCCUCAGGAAGCCUCCCUAUGAUCAGCCUUGUGACAAAGAGACGUGUGACUGUGAAGGGUACCUCAAAGGACACUAUGUGGCUGGUCUUCGGAGAAGCUUCCGGCUGGGCCGAAGGGAAAGACCGGGAAGCCCCCAGGAAGGAAAGGGGUGUGCAGGAGCGGAGUCUCCAGAGUUGCUGACCUACGAGGAGGUAACCAGGUACCAGCACCAGCCUGGUGAACGGCCCCGCUUGGUGGUUCUGAUUGGAUCUCUAGGAGCCCGACUGCACGAGCUGAAGCAGAAGGUGGUGGCAGAGAACCCACAGCACUUUGGCGUCGCCGUUCCACAUACCACCAGGCCCCGAAAGAGCCAUGAGAAGGAGGGGUUGGAAUAUCACUUCGUCUCUAAGCAAGCGUUCGAGGCUGACUUACAUCACAGCAGGUUUCUGGAGCAUGGCGAAUAUAAGGAAAACCUCUACGGAACCAGUCUGGAUGCCAUUCAGGCGGUGAUGGCCAAAAACAAAGUGUGUUUGGUGGACGUGGAGCCGGACGCACUGCAACAACUGAGGACCUCAGAGUUCAAGCCCUAUGUUAUAUUUGUCAAGCCUGCGAUUCAGGAGAAGAGGAAGACACCACCCAUGUCCCCUGCUUGUGAGGACACAGCAGCCCCACUUGACGAGGAGCAGCAAGAGAUGGCUGCCUCCGCCGCCUUCAUAGAUCAGCACUACGGGCAUCUGGUGGACAGCGUGCUGGUGAAGGAGGACCUCCAGAGCGCCCACAGCCAGCUCAGAGCGCUCUUGGAGAAGCUGGGCAAGGACACUCACUGGGUGCCUAUUAGUUGGGUCAGGUAACUGUAUGCUAGAACAUCUGGGUUGGAGAGGAGCUAGAGGAGGACCCCCUCGUCUAGCCCUUCCCCAUGCUACCAUCAAGGAAUCUUAAGUGUGGAGAGGAGCAGAAUUUUCCAUAAACGUCCUUGUGCAGAAGAAUAUGUGUGUGGAGUCUGGU